AUGGAAUCGGAAAGAAUCAUUUUAAACGUUGGUGGCAUUAAGUAUCAAACAUAUCGUUCGACAUUAACAUUAUAUCCCGACACAUUACUUGCUACUAUGUUCCAAGAUAGGAACAAAUCGUUAAUACAUCCAAUAAACAAUAAAGGCAAUGAAUAUUUUAUCGAUCGUAAUGGAUACGCAUUUCGUUACGUCCUUGAAUAUUAUAGAACAGGUCAAAUAUUUUGGCCAGAUGAAAAUGUAAAUAAUAAUACUUCACUAAAUUAUUGUCAUUGUAAUCAUUAUUACAAUAGUAAUAAACAACAACAACCACUAACAGUUUUAGUAUCAAGGAAAGAAUUAAUGAUAGAAUUAGAUUAUUUUCAAAUUCCUUUCACGAUUCCAAAGGAAGAGAAACCAAGAUUGGCCACAACUGAUGAGAUGGCCGAAAAACUUGAUAUUUUCGUUAAAGCGUUAAACUUAGUGAUCUACUUCAUGAGUGAAAAUUACAAAACACAUCUUUCACUAAAAUUUUAUGCAUUUCAUGGAUCCCUUGAGAAAUAUCAAUUUCCCACAUCUCUUCAAGUUGAACCUUUCAUACCAACGGUAUUAAAUAUAAUGAAACCUUUUGAUGAUAGUGGAUAUCCGAUAUUAAAUAUAUUUGGAUCAGAGAUACAAAGAAAAGAUUUUGCAAAAAUCUUCUCUUCUUAA